AUGGCCAGGGUACGGAACAGCACCCCAGCAGCUGCUCCAGUGCCUCGGUGGCUCCGGCGGCUUUUCUUUCUGCUGCUGUACCCGCUUUCUGCAGCUGCUGCUUCUCCGGAGCCAGAGACCGGCUUUAGCCUCCAUCCGCCCUAUUUCAACCUGGCCGAGGCAGCGAGGAUCUCAGCCACUGCCACCUGCGGGGAAGAGCCCGAGGGCGCGAGGCCCCGGCCCGAGCUCUACUGUAAGCUGGUGGGGGGGCCCAUAGCGUCCACCACCGGCCACACUAUCCAGGGCCAGUUUUGUGACUACUGUAACUCUGGAGAUCCCAGUAAAGCUCACCCGGUGACCAAUGCAAUUGACGGGACUGAAUGUUGGUGGCAAAGCCCUCCUCUUUCCUUGGGCUUACAGUACAACAAAGUCAAUGUUACUCUAGAUCUGGGACAGCUUUUCCAUGUUGCUUACGUGCUCAUCAAAUUUGCAAAUUCUCCUCGUCCUGAUCUCUGGGUCCUGGAAAGAUCAGUAGAUUCUGGAAGAACUUACUUGCCUUGGCAGUUUUUUGCCCACUCUAAAAUAGACUGUUGGGAACAGUUUGGGACUGAGGCCAACAUGCCUAUCAUUGAGGAUGAUGAUGUUAUCUGCACCACUGAAUAUUCUCGGAUUGUACCACUGGAAAAUGGAGAAGUUGUGGUUUCUUUGGUAAAUGGCCGUCCAGGAGCAAAAAACUUUACAUUUUCUCCUAUGCUAAGAGAGUUUACGAAAGCAACGAAUAUCCGCUUGCGUUUUCUCCGGACCAAUACCCUUCUUGGACACUUGAUCUCUAAAGCUCAGAGAGAUCCAACGGUAACUAGAAGGUAUUACUACAGUAUAAAGGACAUCAGCAUUGGUGGUCGAUGUGUCUGCAAUGGCCAUGCAGAAGUGUGUAGGGCCAAAGGCCCUGAAAACCUGUUUCAAUGUGAAUGCCAGCAUAAUACAUGUGGGGAGAGCUGUGACCGCUGUUGUGCUGGCUACAACCAGAAGCAGUGGCAGCCAGCAACAGCUGAGCAGACUAAUGAGUGUGAAGCUUGCAACUGCCACGGUCAUGCCACUGACUGUUACUAUGACCCUGACAUCGAAAGGCUUAAGGGAAGUUUGAAUAUCCACGGUGUUUAUGAAGGUGGAGGGGUCUGCAUUAAUUGUCAGCAUAACACAGCUGGUGUAAACUGUGAAAGGUGCCUUCAGGGUUAUUACCGUCCUUACAACGUGCCAGUGGAAGCCCCCCAUGGCUGUAUACUUUGUAGCUGUAACCCUGAGUACACAGAUGGCUGUGAACAGGGCACAGGUCGCUGCAUUUGUAAACUGAAUUUCCAGGGGGAAAACUGUGAACACUGUGCAAAAGGAUACUACAACUUCCCAUUUUGCCAGAGCAUUCCUAUUUAUCCUGUUUUUACUCCAAGACCAGAAGCUUCUACUACUCCUAGCGGUAUAAGAGAUGGUUGUCCACCAGGAUUCUUUGGACCUCAGUGCCAAGCUUGUCAGUGCUAUAGCAUAGGAGCAGCACCUGGUGACUGUGAUAGGAAGACUGGGAGGUGCUUCUGUCAACCUGGAUUUCAUGGUUUCUCUUGUGAAGAAUGUGCAGUUGGAUAUUUCCACUAUCCCUUCUGUCAGAGAUGUGAAUGUAAUUCAGUCGGUGUUAUCUCUGAAAUAUGUGAUUUCCAUGGGAAAUGUCUUUGCCGUUUUGGAGUUGGUGGCCCUAAGUGUGACAGCUGUAGUUCAGGUUUCUAUUCUUUUCCUGCUUGUCAAGAGUGUAACUGUGACCCGCUUGGCUCCCAGGAUGGUGCUUGUGGACCCAGAGGCCAGUGUAGGUGCUACCCCAAUUAUGCUGGCCUGAGCUGCAACCAGUGUGCUCCCGAAUACUACAGCUACCCUAGUUGCUUUCCUUGUCAGUGUUCACCCCUUGGCUCCUACCAGACUACAUGUGAUCCAGGCACUGGACAAUGUGAAUGCCGACCAGGGAUUACAGGACACCAAUGUGAUCAGUGCCUUUCAGGAGCCUAUGAUUUCCCCCACUGCAAAGGUUCCAGUAGUGAAUGUAACCCUCUUGGUACUAUGGAUUCCAGUUCUGGAUUUUGUCAGUGCCAGCUUUAUGUCGAAGGUCCUACCUGCAGUAUCUGCAAGCCAUUAUACUGGAACCUGGCAGGUGAAAACCCCAAUGGAUGUUCAGAAUGCCAGUGUGAUGUGAUGGGAACAUUAAGUGGAGUUGGAGAAUGUGAGCAGAGAGAAGGUGAAUGUUACUGUAAGCCUCAUGUCUGUGGUGAUUCCUGUAAUGCAUGUGAAGAUGGCUAUUAUGCUCUGGAAGACAGCAAUUACUUUGGGUGCCAAGGGUGCCGCUGUGAUGUUGGGGGAUCCAUCAGCUCUAUGUGUGAUGACCUUUCUGGAGCCUGCCAAUGCCGGGAACAUAUCAUGGGCAAGUCAUGCCAACAGCCAGAAAUCAAUCAUUAUUUCCCUGAUUUACAUCACAUGAAGUUUGAAAUUGAAGAUGGCACAACACCUAAUGGAAGAGGUGUUCGAUUCGGCUUUGACCCUACGGAGUUUCCAGAUUUCAGUUGGAGAGGCUAUGCACAGAUGACCCCAGUACAGAAUGAAGUGAGAGUAACAUUGAAUGUGGAGAAAUCAAGCCAAUACUUAUUUCGUGCUAUUCUGAGAUAUAUUAACCCUGGAAUUGAAACAGUGUUUGGUCAUAUAACUAUUUAUCAGCCUCAGUCUAAGGCAGGUGCUGUUCAAAGCAAAGAGAUUGUCUUCCUUCCCAGCAAAGAGCCAGCUUUCGUCACUAUUCCAGGAAAUGGUUUUGCAGAUCCAUUUUCCCUCACUCCAGGAACGUGGAUUGUUAGUAUAAAGGCUGAGGGCAUCCUUCUGGAUUACCUGGUGCUGCUGCCCAGUGACUAUUACGAAGCUUCCAUCUUGCAGUUACCAGUCACAGAGCCCUGUGCCUAUUGGGGACCUAUCGAAGAGAAUUGCUUGCUUUACCAGCAUUUGCCGAUGACCAGCUUUGCCUGUGCCUCAGCUUGUGAGGCAGAACUCUUCGUGCUGAAUGGAAUGCCUCGGACCUUGGGAACUCGGAGACCCACGCCUGAGCAUCCUGUCAUGGCUGACAUCAGUGGGAGAGAGGUGGAGUUGCAUCUGACCCUGAGCAUUCCUCAAGUUGACCACUACGUGAUAGUUAUUGAAUAUGCCAAUGAAGACAGUCAGCUCUAUGUUGCCGACGUGCUCAUCAACAGCCCGAGUUCUUCAUCAGCAGGUCGAGUGAACAUAUAUAGCUGUAAAUACAGCUUCCUCUGUCGGAGUUUUGUGGUUGAUGACCUAAACCGUGUUGCUGUGUAUGAACUCUUAGCAGAUGCAAGGAUCCAGCUGAAGGCACACUUGGCCCAUUUCCUUCUGCACCGAAUCUGUAUUAUACCAGUGGGAGAAUUCUCUACAGAAUAUGUGAAACCCAGUGUGCACUGCAUUGCUAGUUAUGGGCAAUUUGUUAAUCAAAGUUCCUCCUGUGUCCUUUUAGCACACGACACUCCUCCAACAGCAUUAGUUUUGGAUGCCGUAAAGGGCGGAAUGCUUCCCUUCGUGCCCCAGGAUCCCUUACCAUCUGCAUCUGGGUUCCGUGGAGUCAUCCUGAAGUCACCACAGAAUCAAGUUACCUUGAGAGGAAGAGUGCCACACCUCGGCCAGUAUGUCUUCAUUGUCCAUUUUUGUCAACCAGAUCAUCCAACAUUUCCUGCUCAGGUGGUUGUGGAGGGAGGGCAGCAGUGGUCAGGUUCUUUCAGUGCCUCUUUCUGCCCACAAGUGUUUGGGUGCCGAAACUUAGUGAUUGCAGAGAGCCAAACUAACUUGGACAUGCGAGAACCAGAAUUCUCAGUAACUGUGAAGGUUCCAGAUGGAAAGUCCUUGAUGCUGGGCCAGGUCCUAGUUGUUCCAGCAGAGAGCUACGGCUAUCACAUGCUUCACAAGAAGUCAGUGGACAAGUCAUUUGAUUUUAUCAAUAAUUGUGGAGGAAACAGCUUUUAUAUUGACCCUCUGACGUCAUCUAGAUUCUGUAAGGACUCGGCCCGCUCCCUGGUCGCUUUCUAUAACAAUGGAGCCCUGCCUUGUGAUUGCCACGUGAUGGGGGCUAUCAAUCCUACGUGUAAACCAGAGGGGGGACAGUGCCAAUGCAGACCCAACGUCAUUGGUCGUCAGUGUACCCGCUGUCAAACUGGCUACUAUGGUUUUCCAUUCUGCAAAUUGUGUCACUGUGGUCGGCGCCUUUGUGAUGAGAUGACUGGAAAGUGCAUCUGUCCUCCUCGCACAGUCAAACCUCAGUGUGAAGUAUGUGAGAAGCAGUCCUUCAGUUACCACCCAUUGGUUGGGUGCAAAGUUUGCAACUGUUCCAGAAUAGGGGCUGUAAGUGCCACUGCCCCAGAGUGUGACAAAAACAAUGGACAGUGCAGAUGUAAGCCCAGAAUAACAGGACGCCAGUGUGAUCGCUGUAGUUCUGGGUUUUACCGUUUCCCUGAAUGUAUUCCCUGCAAUUGUAACCAAGAUGGGACUGAGCCAGGAGUUUGUGAUCCUUGGACAGGUGCAUGCCUUUGUAAGGAAAAUGUAGAAGGUGCAGAAUGUAACGUUUGUCAGAAGGGGUCAUUUUACUUGGACCCCAGCAAUCCAAAGGGAUGUACCAGCUGCUUCUGUUUUGGAAUAAGUGACCACUGUCAUAGUACAAAUAAACGGAGGGCUAAGUUUGUUGACAUGAUAGGUUGGCAUCUGGAGACGGCAGAUCAAAUGGCCAUCCCUGUCACGUUCAAUCCAGGCAGUAACAGUGUGGUGGCUGAUAUUCAGGAGCUGCCUUCUUCAGUCCACAGUGUGUAUUGGAUUGCACCACCAUCUUAUUUGGGGGACAAGGGAAACUUCAGGCAUGUCAGCAGCAAUAACCAGGUAUCUAGAGAAGAACUGAUGAUGGUCCUGUCUAGACUGGAUGGCUUACACAUCAGAGGCCUUUAUUUUACUGAGACACAGCGGUUAACCCUAGGUGAGGUGGGGCUGGAAGAAGUCACCAGUACAGGAAGUGGAAGCAUCGCUUACAAUGUAGAGAUAUGUUCCUGCCCCCCUGACUAUACUGGUGACUCAUGCCAGGGGUGCAACCCUGGAUAUUAUCGGGACAACAAGGGUUUCUACACAGGACGGUGCGUUCCCUGCCGUUGUAAUGGACAUUCAAAUCGGUGCCAGGAUGGCUCAGGAACCUGUAUUAAUUGUCAACAUAACACUGCUGGUGCAAACUGUGAGCGAUGUAAGGAAGGUUACUAUGGAGAUGCCCUCCAGGGUUCCUGUCGGGUCUGCCCAUGCCCUCAUACCAACAGUUUUGCUACUGGCUGCGUUGUGAAUGGAGUAAAUGUGAAAUGUUCCUGCAAACCUGGCUACGUGGGAACCCAGUGUGAAAGAUGUGCACCAGGAUAUUUUGGGAAUCCCCAGAAAUUUGGAGGUAGUUGCCAACCAUGCAAUUGCAAUAAUAAUGGCCAGUUAACAAGCUGUGAUCCACUGACAGGAGAUUGUAUAAAUCAGGAACCCAAAGAUGGAGGCCCUGAAGAAUGUGAUGACUGUGAUAGCUGCGUGACUACUCUCCUGAAGGACCAGGGAACAAUGAGUGAUGAGCUUCGACUGAUCAAAUCCCAGCUUCAAAGUACCAGUGCAAAUGCUGCCACUCUGGAGCAAAUGAAGCACUUGGAGACCCAGACCAAAGACCUGAGGAAUCAUUUGCUCAGCUACCAGUCUGCCAUUGCAAGUCGCGUAUCCAAAGUAGAUGCCCUAGAAAAAGACCUGAACAGUCUGAAUCAGGACUUUGAGACUCUGCAAGAAAAGGUUCAAAUAAAUUCAAGGAAAGCACAGACAUUAUAUAACAGUGUUAGCCAGACAAGUCAAAGUGCAAAACAGCUGGACACCAGAAUACAGAGCGUCAUCAGGGAUGUUCAUGUUCUCCUGAAACAGAUUUCUGGGACAGAUGGUGAAGGACACACCUUGCCCUCUGGUGACUUAUCCAGGAAACUGGCAGAAGCCGAACGAAUGAUGAGAGAGAUGAGAAGUAGAGACUUCCGAGAGCAACUGAGAAAGGCAGAAGCUGAAAAAAGAGAAGCACAGCUCCUGCUGAAUCGUAUUCAGAGUAGCCUGAAAAACCACCAAACAGAGAACCAUGAGCUUGUGAAAACUGUACGAGAUUCCUUAAAUGAAUAUGAAGCUAAAAUCAGUGACCUCCGUAAAGCUCUGCAAGAAGCAACCCUCCAGACAAAGCUGGCCAAUGGACUCAACCAAGCUAAUGAUCGAGCCCUGGAAGACAUUAAGAGAAUUAACUUUGUGAAUCAUAUCAUUAUCAUCAUCAUGAGAAACGAUCUCUCUCCACCUCCGGUUUCUUCCUAUCUUCCAAACAGCUGCCAUGACAUCAGCCCAGCUCUGGACAGCCUGCGGGACACCUUAGAUGUUGUCACAACUAAGAAAGGUCUGAUACAGACUGACCUCACCACUAUCCAAGAUGAUCUUCGUGGAAUAAACCGAGAUGACAUCGAUAGAAUGACCAACAAUGCAAAGAGUUUGAUCCGAAAUGCAAAUGAUGUCACAAGCAGUGUGCUAGAUGGUCUGACCCCAAUUCAGACACAUGUGGAGAGACUUCAGGAAACCUAUGGAAGUGCACAGAGCGAAGACUUUAAUGAAGCUUUGAGUGAUGCCAACAAUUCAGUGAAGAAAUUAACCAGCAAGAUACCAGAUCUCUUAAGCAAGAUUGAGAGUAUCAACCAACAGCUCUUGCCACUGGGCAACAUCUCUGACAAUGUGGACCGAAUAAGAGAGCUCAUUCAGCAGGCCAGAGAUGCUGCAAAUAAGGUCGCUGUUCCAAUGAGGUUCAAUGGCAAAUCUGGUGUUGAGGUUCGACUGCCAAAUGACCUGGAAGAUUUGAAAGGAUAUACAUCUCUCUCUCUGUUUCUUCAAAGACCUGAAUCGAGAGAAGAUGGUGGCGAGGAUGAGGACAUGUUUGUAAUGUACUUGGGCAAUAAAGAUACUUCAAAGGACUACAUAGGGAUGGCAGUAAGAGAUGGAAAACUUGUUUGUGUCUAUAACUUGGGAGACCAGGAAGCUGAAACCCAGAUGGAUCCAAUCUUGACAAAAAGUAUAACUCAAGAGGCAAUAAUGGAUCGAGUGAAAUUUCAAAGGAUCUUUCAGUUUGCAAAGCUCAGCUUCUUUAAAGAAGCUACAUCCAAUAAACCAAAACCUCCUGAUUUCUAUGAUAUGGACAGUGGGAGCGGCGAUGUUCUUCUCAAUUUGGACCCCGAAAAUGUUGUCUUUUAUGUCGGAGGCUACCCACCCAAUUUCAAGCUUCCUCGUGUGCUAAAAUACCCUCCCUACAAGGGCUGCAUUGAAUUAGAUGACCUCAAUGAGAAUGUUCUAAGCCUGUACAACUUCAAAAAGACUUUCAAUCUCAAUACAACAGAAGUGGAGCCUUGUAGAAGGAAUAAGGAGGAAUCAGACAAAAAUUAUUUCGAAGGCACAGGCUAUGCACGGGUUCCAACCCAACCCAGUACUCCAUUUCCAACCUUUCAACAGACAAUUCAGACCACUGUAGAUGAAGGCUUGUUGUUCUUUGCAGAACAUCAGGAUUUCUUCAUUUCCUUAAUUAUGGAAAAGGGAUAUCCCGUGUUGCGAUACAAACUAAAUUCAGAGCCUCCAGAGGAAAAAAGAAAUCGAGUACCUAUGAAUGAUGGAACAGAUCAGAUGAUUACAAUAAGGAUGCGGAAAGUUCAAAAGCUUCUACGAAUAACUGUGAAUCAAUCAGUCAUUGAAGUUCAAGAUGCUCAAAUAUUCAAUUUCAAUACCUAUUAUCUUGGAGGAAUUCCCAUCUCACUCCGGGAAAAGUUUAAUAUAACCACUCCUGCUUUCCGAGGCUGCAUGAAAAACCUGAAGAAAACCAUUGGGGUUAUUAGGUUGAAUGAUACUGUUGGAGUCACCAAAAAGUGCUCAGAAGACUGGAAGCUUGUACGAACAGCGUCACUCUCCAGGGACGGACAACUAAGUUUCAUUGACGUGGGGCUGCCAGACCCCAACUACUUUCAGUCUUCAUUUGGGUUUCAGACCUUUCAACCCAAUGGAUUGUUAUUAAGACACCAAAUAGGGACAAAUAGCCUACAAAUUGCCCUGGAAGAUGGUCACAUCGAAUUAAGCUCUAGAGAACAGGGCACUAUUCUGAAAUCUCCCCAGACAUAUGUGGAUGGUUUACUCCAUUAUGUGUCCAUAAUAAAGGAUGAUACUGGACUAAGGCUUUUGAUCGAUGAUAAGUCUCUAAAAGACAACCAAAGGCUACGAAUAUUCUCAGACUCACAGCAAUCCCUACGCUUUGGUGGGAGUGAUUUUGAAGGAUGUAUCACCAAUGUAUUUUUCCAAAGGUUAGCACAGAGUCCUGAGGUUCUCAAUUUGGUCACUCAUACUCGGAGGGAAAAGGAGAAGGUGUCCCUAGGAAUCUGCAACUUAAAUAAGCCACCUUUUCUAAUGCUUCUGAAAAGCUCAGCAAAGAUCAGCACAUCCAGGACAUUCAACAUUGAUAGGCUACAGCGGGAUAUGCAUCCUGCCUCCCUGAUGAAGAGAAAGGUUCCAACAGUUGCCCAGCACUGCCUUGAGUGGCCUCAGUCCCAGGCUUCUAAAGGGUCUUAUCAAUUUGGGGACAGUCCCACCAGCCACUUGUCAUAUACAUUCCCUGAGGAGAUGCUGAAAGACAGGUCACACUUUGCUGUGGAUAUUCAGACAACUUCCACUGCCCCAGGACUGGUGGUUUUUGUAGGGAGUAAGAGCUCCUUUAUGGCGCUUUUCUUUUCAAAGGGACGCAUUGUCUUUUUGCUGAAGGCAGAAGGAAAGAAAUUAAGACUGAAGACCAAAGAGAAACUCAAUGAUGGAAAAUGGCACACGAUCGUGUUUGGGCACGAGGGAAGCAAAGCUCGUUUUGUCAUAGAUGGUCUGAAGAUCCAGGAAGGAAGCCUGGCAGGAAAUUCUAUAUUUACGGUCAAACCCCCCAUCUACGUUGGGGCCUCUCCUCAGGUGAAACUGAAGAGCCUCCCCAAAAGCAGCUUUAUAGGAUGCCUGAGGAACUUUCAGCUGGAUGGAAAGGCCUUGGACACUCCCUUUCAGAACUUUGGGGUAACUCCCUGUUUGGGUGGCCCUCUCGAGAAAGGGAUGUAUUUCUCCCAAGAUGGCGGGCACAUCAGCUUUGAUAACUCCUGGAUGCUGGGAAAGGAAUUCAAGAUCAUUUUCAGCAUUCGCCCAAGAAGUCUCACUGGACUUUUAAUGCAUACUGGAAGUCAACCUGGAAAGUAUUUAAGUGUUUAUAUGGAGGAAGGAAAGGUCACCGCUUCUGUGGACAGUGGGGCUGGUGAGAUGCUGACAUCAGUCACACCCCAGCAAUCUCUGUGUGAUGGACACUGGCACUCUGUGGCAGUCACUCUAAAGCAGAAUCUGCUGCAGCUGGACCUGGACACAGACAGCAGCUCUGAGACUGGACAGCUCCCUACCUUGCCUGGCAGCAACCAACAGCCUCUGUAUUUGGGAGGCAUCCCAGCCAACUUGACAACACUGAGACUGCCUAUACAAAAACCCUUCUUUGGCUGCCUGAAGAAGGUCACGAUCAACAAUGUAGCUGUCUCUGUCACAAAGGCCUCAGAAGUCCAGGGAGCUGUCAGUCCAAAUGGCUGUCCUGUCCACUAACUGUGACCAGUGCUAUGCAUAAAGAGAAGGUCCUUGGAAUGCAGUGUGGAUAGAGCCGUCCAAGGUCCUGAAUGGGAGUAGAAUUCACCUUCUUCAACACAGACUCCCAAAUACACACAUUCUCCACUCGUUUCCAAAUUAUUCCAGAAUCAAAAUGUUGUCCAAAGUGGCUUAGCAGCCAAUCUCAAGCUUAUUAAUGGCCCCAAAUCCUCCUCUCUGAUUGGCAUUGUACAAGUCUUUGACAUUCAUAUAUACUCCAUGUUAAAAUAUCUUUAUUUGGAAAGGUGAGCAAAAUAUUGUAUAAUGUUUAUAAUGCAGAAUAGAAUUUCUUAUUUGUUAAAAUUAACAUAAAUGGAAAUCAGAGCACUUUCAAGUGAAACUUUGGCAUGUGUUACACAGGCACAGGAUUAUAAUUGAUGGAGCCAAAUAAAUGCAAUGUACCCUUCUAA